AAAAGAUAUACGCACAGGAAGGAUCAGUCAUAAUUUAUGAUUCAAAAGUUUAACCCAUGGAGCGAACAGCCAAGUAAAAAAUGUGUGAGGUAGCUAUUAUUGGUGUUGGUUGUCGGUUUCCUGGAGCUGAUAAUGUUAAUGAGUUUUGGAGGGUACUACGUAAUGGUGAAAAUCACGUGAUAGAAGUUCCACCAAACCGUUGGAAUUUAGAAGCAUUUUAUGACCCUGAUCCUGUAGUUGCUGGAAAAACACACGUUAGACGAGCAGGUUUUGUUGAUGGCCACGACAAAUGGGAUUUCAAAGUCUAUGGCGUCAAUGAAUUUGAAGCUCUUAAAAUGGAUCCACAACACAAGUUUGUAUUAGACAGUACCUUUAUGGCUUUAGAGAAUGCUGGAAUAAGUAAACAACAAAUAAGUGGAUCUAACACGGGAGUAUAUAUCGGUAUGUUUAGCUCUGAUUAUUCCAAUAUUUUCUCCACCAUUGCCGAGGAAAGCGAUAACUAUACAUUGACCGGUACCAGUAAUAGUAUUGUAGCUGCCCGAGUGUCGUAUGUCUUCAAUUUGACCGGUCCUUCAAUGAAGAUAGACACGGCUUGUUCAUCAUCUCUUGUAUCUAUCCAUCUAGCUUGUCAAGCUUUACGUUCAGGAGAAUGUGAUAUGGCUAUAGCAGGUGGGGUCAACUCACUGAUGAAACCAGAUAUAUUUAUACAACUAAGUAAAGCUGGUAUGGUAUCACCUACUGGACAAUGUCAGGCUUUCUCUGAAAAUGCUGACGGAUACGCCAGAGGAGAAGGAUGUGGAAUUGUUAUCUUGAAACCACUAGAAAAGGCUUUGAAUGAUAAUGAUCCUAUCUGGGCAACUAUUGUUACAGCUGUAAACCAUGAUGGCCAAACAGUCACGCCCAUCACAACACCAUCCCCCCAGCAACAAGAAUCUCUACUUGACACAGUGUUUGACAGAUACAGAAUUGACCCAAAAUCAGUAGACUAUAUCGAAGCACACGGCACUGGAACCAAAGCUGGUGAUCCAGUAGAAGUUACAGCUCUUGGUAAAUUCUUUCAUAAAAAUAAAAAUCCUAAAGAGAGACUGAUAGGAUCUGUAAAAACUAACAUUGGACAUCUAGAAUCAGGUGCUGGUGUAGCUGGUCUAAUUAAAGUUUUAUUGAUGCAUAAACACCAGGAAAUCGUCCCAUCUCUCCAUUUUGAUAAACCAAGUGAGAAUGUUCCUCUUGAAAAAUAUAAACUAAAGGUACCAACAAAAGUUCAGCCCUGGCCCAAAAACGAUAAUGGGUAUAUGAGAUCUUGUGUAAAUAGUUUUAGUUUCGGUGGUACUAACAGCCAUGCUAUCAUCACAACCCCCAUAAACCCGUCAAAUGAACCAGACAGUUACUACACCUCAAUAUCUCAAUUGCCCAGGAUUGUCUGUUUGUCAGCAUGUGAUCGCACCUCCCUGCAGAUGACCAAAUCGCAUUUCUGCAAAACCGGAGAAGGUUGUAACAUUGACGACGUUUCGUAUACCACUAUGUACAGACGAAACCAUUUCCCUUUUCGUGUUGCUGUUAUUGGCACUAACAUGAAACAAAUUAUUCAAAGAUUGAAUGAAAUUGACUUAGAACACAAACACUCAACAGAUGCAGUUUCUAAGAAGAAGAAAAUUAUUUUGGUCUUCGCUGGCAUGGGAACAAACUGGAAAGGAAUGUGUCAGUCUUUAUUGAAACAUUCUACUAUAUUCAAAUGUACCAUAAACGAUGUGUCGGAUGUAUUGAAACAAUUUAUUUCGUGGGAUUUGUGUGAUGCAUUUGAGAACGGUUUUGACCUGGAUGAUCCUUAUGUAGCUCCAAUUAUGACAUUCGCGUGCGAAGUUGGUGUAUAUGCUAUAAUGAAAGAAUUUGGUGUAGUGGCAGAUGCUAUCGUUGGGCAAUCUAUAGGCGAAGUUGCAGCAGCCUAUGCAUCCGGAGCUCUUACCCUAAACCAAGCAGUUUGUGUUAUUUACCAUAGAACUAAAUAUCAAGCCGAAGCAACAGGAGGUAAAAUGUUUAUAGUCAGGAAUAUGGAGAUCGCUGACGUAAAGUCAUUAAUAAAAACAUUUAAAGCACAAGCGAACAUAUCACUGUUUUACAGCCCAUCUUGUUGCACAAUCAGCUGUGAUGAUGAAAUCGUGGAUUUGAUCAAAUCUAGGUUGAAAGAAACAGAAAGCCGUGUGGAAUUCAUAGAUUUAAAUGUGACAAGCGCAUUUCACUCACACCAUAUGAACGAUUGUACAGAGAAGUUGACUAGUGCCUUUACUCUUCACGGAACGCCACCCACAACGCCUAUAGUAUCAUCGGUAAGCGGGAAAAUGGCCGUUGGUGCAGAUUUCAUCACGUCUGAAUACUGGGCGAAAAACAUUAGGAACCCAGUGUUGUUUCACCAGUCUAUAGUAGAAGUUCACGAACCCGAUAAAAUGAAUAUAUUUAUAGAAAUUGGACCAAAGCCGAUUUUAAAAGCCCAUCUAGGGGAAAUCUUUAAACAACCUCUUGUUGCUAUAGCCAUACCAACAAUACAGAAAGAUGAUGAAAUAAUAUCUAUAAAAAAGGCUGCAGUAUCUCUAUAUGAGAAUGGAGUAAAUAUCAAAUGGGAAGAUGUCCUAAAAUGUUCAGGAAAAGUUAUAGAAGUUCCACAAUACCAGUUCAACAGAGUUCCAAAUUGUUACAUACCCAAUAUAGCAAGAGAGACACUCAUGGGUGUUAAUUCUAAAACGCGCCGUCAUCCAUUUCUGAAAUCACUCGGUUCAGAUUCUAGAAAUUAUAAAGUUCUAUUAGACCCGUCUCGCAUAGCUUCUAUCUAUGAACAUAAAGUACAUGGGAUAGUGAUGAUACCUGGUGCAUUCUAUGCAGAAGUGGGAAUAGCUAUUGCUGCCACAAGGUCCUCCCGAUUAGUAUUCGAAGAAAUCAGUGUUGGUUUUGAAACCCCACUUGUUUUGAUGAACCGAGAAUCGAAAGAACUUGAUGUAGAAACAGAAAAUAUAAAUGAAGAGAUACAAUUUAGAAUAUUUGAAGGGACUACUGUUUAUGCUACAGGUACUAUUAAAUCUUAUACCAGUGGAUCUACUGUUGAUAAAUUAGAUUUAGAUGAUAUCCGAAGCAGGUGUAACAGUUUAUUAACAUCAGAAGACAUGUACGCUGAUUUAGCGUCCUAUGGGUUUCAAUAUGGACAGGCAAUGACCAUUUUGCAAGGAGCCGUAAAGAAUAACAAAGAGGCUUUAGUGGAAUUUAAGUUGAAUGAACUUCUAAAAGAAGAAAUGGAAGGAACGAUACUGCACCCAGCUAUAAUAGAUGGUCUCCUUCAAACACCUGGUGCUUUCGGAUCUAACGAUGACAACGUUGAACUGCUUCCUGCCCAUUUGAACCAAAUUCGUGUCUUACGGGAAGUACAAGAUCAUAUGUUUUGCUACGUAAAGCUUCUAAAAAUAACACCAACAAAAUUUACUUGCUUAAUCCAUCUUUGUGCUGAAAAUGGCGACAUCAUAGCUAGUAUUUUGAGAUUCACUGUUAAAAGCAUUGGCAUCAAUCGUGAGAAAGCUAAAGAAUAUUUUUACAAACAACAGUGGAAAAAAGUUAGUCUCAUCGAUCACCCCGCCCCAGAGAAUAACACAGAUAUUAUUUUCAUUACAGCCGAGCGUCAUUUAGGCGAAUGUCCUAGCUUGAUUAUUCCGGAAAACAAUAAACAGAGACAGACAUUAUUGGCGAAUUUCAGCAACCAAAUUAAAAAGCACAAAAAUAUAGCAGUAAUGAUGGACGAAUUCAGAGAUCAAAUAAUUGAUGGACGUGACAUACAGACUGUUGUGGAAAGAAAAAUACUCUGGCUCAAAGAUAUUUUAAUACAUAUUCACGAAAAUACUGAAAACUGCAGGGUUUUAGUUAUUACCAGGAACACCUGGACUGUUACUACCGAUAAAAGCAACUGUGUUGAAACAUCGAAUUGUAACCCAAUUCAAGUUUCAAUUUGGGGAUUUCUUAGAUCAGUUCAAAGAGAAACCAUGUCUUUUAAACUCCACGUUGUUGACUUAAAUGAUUAUAAUGACCAGAUAUCCAAGACAGGAAUCUUAGAAUUUUUAAUGGAUGAAUUUUCCAGCAAUCUUAAGUAUCAGGCUGAGAUUCUGGUCACUGCGAGUGCAGUAUAUUCGUUCGAAUGUACCGGCUUUGAUCAAAUAAAAGAUUACAUUGAACGAGACAAGUCCUCAUUAGACGAUUUUGAAAUGUUUUCGUCACAGAAAGAUAAAAUACAAAAUCUUUUUCAAAUGUAUCCUUGUCGUGAAGGAGGAAACUCUAACUCAAAUACAGUUGUAAUGCAAGUGAUAUCUUUAGUUUUCCAAAAUCCAGAUCUCUGCCCAUCUUGUUUCGGUUCCUUAGGGAAAGAAGACACCGAAGAACCAAACGAAUUUCCUAUCUCCUGCCUCGAGACGCUUGGCUAUGUAGGUAAGGAAAAAACAACUGACAAUAAAAAAAGCAAUAUUUUCAUAUCCUGCUACCCCGUACAUGCGUCAAAUAGGGUAGAGAUACCUAUCUCCUGUUGUGUACCCAUGUCACUCUUACCAAGAUACCACCCUGGAUUAAUCACAAUCUUCGUAACUUUGUGGAAUAUGUGUGAGCUUGUAACAUCCAAGUCAGUUGUCUUGUUUUGCGAAGAUAACACUUCAUUAUAUGAAGAAAUUAUAUGGUUAAUGCUAAGAUAUAGAAAAGUUAAAACUAUUACUCGAGUUUCUCGAAACACCAACAAUCUAACAAAUGGAUGCGAGUUAAUAAAUCUAACACGAUUAGACAAAAGUAUAAUUUCUAGUCAUAUUCUAAAUUUCUCUAAAGUGACAAGAUUUACUAGCCUCUCUGCUCUUAUGACACAGGACUGCGAAUCUUUGCUAUGUCACCACAUGCAAGAUUCGGAAAUUAAAGUUUUGAGAGAAUGGGACAUAUUUUCACCCGUAAAGCUCACAUCUACCAUACCGAGGAUGUCAGCAUGGCUAACGAAAUCAAAUAAAAAUGUAAACGUGAUUAUAAAUAAACAUGGAUCAUACACUAAAUAUGCAGGUCACCUAACCAAGUUGUUUUCUUCAAAGGAAAUCAAUCUUGACCAAUCAGAUGCAGUUGAUCUACGUCUAAAACCACCAGAUCGGAUACUCAGUAAAUCGGCUGCUUAUGUAGUUGUUGGUGGUUUAACUGGACUUGGGUGGCAGUGUGUUAAAUGGCUGGCUGAAAAUAACGCUGGCUCCAUUGCUUGUUUCAACCGCAGAAAUCCCACUAAGGACGACGAGACCAAAAUGGAAGAAUUAUCAGAUCAAUGCUGUUGUAAGAUCAUUGCUAUACAAACAGAUGUAACCAAUUUUAUUUCUUUGAAAAUUUCGUUUGAAAAGCUCAUGCAACAAUUCCCGAUGAGUUCCCUUAAAGGCGUGAUCUUCGGAGCCGGUGUAUUGAGAGAUUCAACAUUGAUUAACAUGACUGAUAAACAAAUAACAGAAGUCUUAGAUGCUAAAAUUACUGGUGCUUGGAACAUGCACUUAGCAACAGAAAAUUUUGAAUUGGAUUUCUUUAUUCUUCAUUCUUCAAUAACAUCAGUGUUCGGGGCACCAGGACAGAGUAAUUAUGGAGCGGGAAAUGCUUUCCAGGACAGCUUAGCAUUUUAUCGCAGAUCAAAGGGAUUACCUGCACAAAGCAUAAACUGGGGACCUUUAGACAUGGGAAUGUUGGAAAAUGCCAAAGAUAAUUUGCGUAAUAGACAAAGACUAGAAAAUCAAGGUUACCGUCUAAUCUGCAAAGAUGAUAUUGGACAUUGCCUAGAAUCUGCCAUUUUUUCAGAUCUUCCACAGAUUAUUGUAACUGAUUUAAAUUUACAGGUACUUAAAACUACUCUGUUCAGUUACAAAGACAUGUUUGCGAUAGAGAAGAUUCGUGGUAUAUUCCCGAAAUCUGUGAAUUACACUGAAUUAAUUCCUGACACAAAUUCUGAAAAAAUACAAAUAAGUACCCACGUAUUACAAUCUGCAUCUACCAAAGAAAGAAUAGCAAUGAUCGAAUCUUACAUUUCUCAGUUAGUAUGUAAAGUACUGAUUUUAGAUGAAAACAUUUUAUCAUCGAACACAUGUCUAGUGGAUGAAGGAAUGGAUUCAAUGUUAGCUAUGACAAUUGUUAACGAAGUAAAUAAGGAUAUUAGCUACAAAAUACCUGUUAAUUUAUUGUUUUCACCAGAUACAACUGUAGCUAGUCUGUCAAGUUUUAUAAAUGAGAAUAUCAGGAGUAGCAAUGAGGUUGACGAUGAAAACAAUCAAGACGACAACGUUGACAAUCCACAAACCAUAUCCUACAUGGAAUACAGAUAUUACAAAUUAAACCAAACCCCACUAGCUUACAAAGCAUUCCAUCUAUUAUUUGAUAUGUAUUUUUCGGAUUUAAGCCUGAAUAAAGAGACGAUGGCCAAUUUGCUGUUGGUAAUAACAGCCAGAAAUCCUAUUCUUAGAACAACUUACUCAGGAGUAUUACGUCCAGGAGGGUCAAAAGAAGACAUUAAACGAAAUGUGAUUGAUGCAAAGCAAGCACUUGAUCUGAUUAUAAUCGACGAAGCCGAUCGAAAUAUCGAUGAAGCUUUUGAGAAGAAAAGUAUGGAACACUUCGAUUUGAUAUCCAAAGGACCCGUUCGUUUCAUAUACCACACAAAUGGUUCAUCUAUGCGAAUCGCCAUUAUAUGCAAUCACAUAGCAUUUGACAUACUAGCGGUGAGCAUGUUAUUGAAGGAAUUUAUAAACUGCUUGAAAAGUCUCUACAAGUACCGCAGCCUUGAACAUCUUUCAACACCAGCAUUUCAAAACAAUAGACUAGCAGCGAAUAUCAUGGAUAGGAGACUAAAAUCAUCAUUUAGUGCGAUGAAGCGUUUUUGGACAAAGGAGCUAUCUAAGGGCGUCCCGUUGAUUUCUAUCGAUUCUUCCAAAAUAUGUGACUUACACGGCCUUUCAGUUACAGCUCAUAGACAAAUGUCUAGAGAACUACACAAUGAACUCAGUAGACUAAGCAAGACACUAAGGACAACAACAUCUAAGAUAAUGAUGUCUAUGUAUCAACUGUUUUUGAGUAUUCGGUCUGGAAAUCGUAGAGUAUUUAUUACUUUACCCGAAGACCUUCGGUCAUCAUUGCCAGAAACUAAAAAUUUUAUGGAAUGCUUAAUAAACCAUAUUCCAAUUUUUGCAGAUAUAGAACAUUCUAUGUCUGUCAAAGAUUUUCUUGUUACUAACUCCAAACACAUCAAUGACAUUCUUGACAACAGCCUGUUUCCUUAUGAUGAAAUAGAAAAACUCAUACCCGAGGAUGCUAAUAAAGACUUGUACCGCCAUGUUUUGACUAUAAAUGAUUACACAUUUGUUGACCAAUUAACAGCAAUGAAAGAUGGUGCAGCAUUGCGACUCAAAGAAACCAAUAAUAAACAUAUUUUGGGCGAAUCCUUUUUAUUCGUUUUCACUGAUCGUAAUGCCCAAACAACGUCACUUAAGCUACAGUUGUGUGCAGAGAUGUACAGUCAAUCUGAUGUAGAAGUUUUUAUUGACCAAAUUAUUGAACUUUUACAAGAAAUGAUUCUUCAGCCAGAAGUUAAAAUCGAGCAGCUAAAAAUGGUAGCGCCUAAACGAACUCUAGAAGGGAAAUUUAGAAGAGAAACAUCUACCGGAGGCUUAAAAGACGUGAAUGUGAAAUUUCUUGAACCAGACAUUGAUGGUGUAAUGUUAAUAUUGGACAAUAAGAAUAUAAUGAGAAGUGACAUCAUUCAAUUUUAUUUUGAAGAAAGGAAAAAGAGUGGUGUCCAAAUACUUAAACUAAAAACAAAGAAAAGUAUUUACACAUUACAGUUUAUAGAAGGCAACGCUGACAGUUGGAAACAAAAUUUAAUUGAUCUGUACAGAAACUUCAGAUAAUUUGAAACAUACAGUAAUAAACUUUAGAUAAUUUAAAACAUACAAUAGUAUUAUAUAACUUUAAUUCAUUAUAUUCUAUCUGUUAGUAGUAAUGUUGUCUGUCUCCCACGAACAUAGAAAGACCUGUGCAGGUAGAAAGCUUCAAAAUAGUCCUUUAUAAUUUAUUGUUCUAAAAAAGCUUCGUUCGAAGGUUUUGUUGAUUUUUCCUUCAUAUAUAAUGCACUUGACAGGUGUAUUUUUCUUUUUCUGUAGAGAUGUGUAUUUAAUCGAGGUGUGCCGAAUGUACAAGCAAUCUACAAAAUUAAAACUUAAUUUACGAAAUAAAAAUCAUUAGUAUGUAUACCAUUUUAGAGGACAGAUUAUGGUUACUUGUUCAAUGGGCACCUUAAAUUUAUCCUUAUCUUUGAUACAUCGAUUUUGCACGUCGCAUUAUUGACUUGUUUCUCUGAUUAUAUCUGAUUAGAAGUAUUGUUUAGUCAGUAAAUCUGACCCCUCGAUUAAUUUUGUUCAGUGCGUUUUCUUUUAUAUUUCAGUCAAAUGGCAAAUUCCGUGUUAUUUCAUUACUUUACAUUUGAAUAUUCUAGCUGAAUGUACACCAGAUAAUGUUAGGAAAUUAUUACUAGAAAUUAAAACAAUUUGAUAAUUUUAUAUAAUUAUUGACUGAAUUGAAUUCCUAAAUUUAAAAUUGCUCAAUUUACAUGUACUAUAAGACGUUUUUUUCUUUAUUUAAAAGGCAGUAGAAUCAAUUUUAUAUAUUCAAUUUUAAAUUUGUAUUGUUAUUUUAUUUUGACACCCGUUUGAAUUUAGUGGGUUAAGUUAGUCGUAUAUGAUCUGGAUUCCUUUAUUAACGUUAAAAAUUUACGAUCUACAUUGUUUUUGUCUUCCAUUUCUGAGUCAUACGUUAUUGUCAUUUCAAAUUGAACCAGAAAAAUUAUAAACAGUCUGAAUUUGAAACAGAACUGGAUUUGGAUUGGCCUAAAGCAUGAUGACAAAUCUUUUGGACAUGUGAAGAAAAUUAAGAUUUACAGCACAUGUAACAAAACCUAGCAUACUAAGUCCUUUCAGGACUUCAUACGGUUUAUUUUUAUUUUAAUAAUUCCCUUGCACGUAGGGGUCUUUUGCAGUUUAACGAAACCGGAGAACCCGGAGAAAACACAGAGAUUUAUAAUGCACCAUGAUACAAAUGUUGCAGCUAAACGAAAAAGGGGAACCACAAUAAAUAAAUAUACAAAUAUAUUAUUACCAUGAAUAAAAUUUAUUUUACAGUUUAGUAUGGUUUUCAUUUUGAAUUACAUGGGGGUGGGGGGGCCCUAGAUAUUUUUAUCCGGUUCUGUUAAAGGGACUAUCCCGAAUUAAUAAUUCCCUUGCACGUAGGGGUCUUUUGCAGUUUAACGAAACCGGAGAACCCGGAGAAAACACAGAGAUUUAUAAUGCACCAUGAUACAAAUGUUGCAGCUAAACGAAAAAGGGGAACCACAAUAAAUAAAUAUACAAAUAUAUUAUUACCAUGAAUAAAAUUUAUUUUACAGUUUA